AUAGAGGUCCUCGGCUGUGCGCGGUCACGUGACUCGUGUGUUUACAGACAUCCGGAGAAUCAUGGAGGACAGUGCUGGCAGUAAUCCUCAGUCUGUGGGGCUGACUGAGAAGUUCAAGUCGUGGCUCUCCUGGUCGUGGACCUACGUGUGCUUCAUCUGGCUCGGCAUGGUGCUCAUCAUGGUUUACGUCCUGUGGAGUCCGCUCAAACUGCAGGAGACUCUCACCUCAGCUUCAGUGUUUCUAAACACUCUCACCCCCAAGUUCUACGUGGCUCUCACUGGAACCUCCUCCCUCAUCUCUGGACUCAUCCUGAUAUUUGAGUGGUGGUAUUUUCGUAAAUACGGGACCUCGUUCAUUGAACAAGUGUCCGUGAGCCACCUGCGUCCUCUCCUGGGGGGGGUGGAGAGCAGCUCCACGACCGGUCUGUUCUCAUCAGUUAAUGGAGAAGCAGAGCCGAGGCCCAGUGUUUCUGAGUGUAAGGUUUGGAGGAACCCUCUGAAUCUGUUCAGAGGAGCAGAAUACAACAGGUACACCUGGGUAACAGGGAAGGAACCCUUAACCUACUAUGAUAUGAACCUGUCUGCUCAAGACCAUCAGACCUUCUUCACAGGAGACACUCAGCAGCUACGGCCGGAAGAUGCCGUAAUGCAGAAAGCCUGGAGAGAGAGAAAUCCUCAAGCCAGGAUCCGAGCAGCUUACCAGGCCAUAGAGAUGAACCACGAAUGUGCUGCUGCCUACGUGCUGCUAGCAGAGGAGGAAGCCACAACUAUCACAGAAGCCGAGCGCCUCUUUAAAAAAGCAUUAAGUAUUGCUGGAAAAGAUAUCAACUUACUGGUGUACAUUAAACGCAGACUGGCAAUGUGUGCACGUAAACUGGGGCGGAUUAAAGAAGCAGUGAAAAUGAUGAGAGAUUUAAUGAAGGAGUUCCCACUGUUGGGAAUGUUAAAUAUUCACGAAAACCUCUUGGAGGCGCUACUAGAGCUUCAGGCAUACGCUGAUGUCCAAGCAGUCCUCGCUAAAUAUGAUGACAUCAGCUUGCCAAAAUCAGCCACUAUAUGUUACACAUCUGCACUGUUGAAAGCACGGGCUGUGUCUGAUAAGUUCUCUCCAGAGGCAGCGUCCAGGCGGGGACUGAGCACAGCAGAGAUGAACGCUGUGGAGGCCAUACACAGAGCUGUUGAGUUCAAUCCACACGUGCCAAAGUACUUAUUAGAGAUGAAGAGUCUGAUCCUGCCUCCAGAGCACAUCUUGAAGAGAGGUGACAGCGAGGCAGUGGCAUACGCUUUCUUUCAUCUGCAGCACUGGAAGAGGGCAGAGGGAGCUUUAAACCUACUACACUGCACCUGGGAGGGCACCUUCCGGAUAAUUCCUUACCCGCUGGAGAAGGGUCACCUGUUUUACCCUUACCCAGGAUGCACAGAAACAGCAGAUAGGGAACUAUUGCCCUCUUUUCACGAGGUGUCUGUGUACCCAAAAAAAGAGCUUCCCUUCUUCAUCCUCUUCACAGCAGGCCUUUGCUCCUUCACUGCCAUACUGGCCAUGCUCACACAUCAGUUCCCUGAGCUCAUGGGUGUCUUUGCCAAAGCAGUAAGUCAUCAUCAGUUUAUCUGAGCUUUAGUCUCUUUUACUGUCCACCUUUUAAAGUUGUUUGUCACUUACAUUUUAUUUAGAGCAGUUUGCUGAUUAUUUAUCAAUAUGAGCCUGUUACAGAC